GUCGCGCACGCACGGACGCAGCGGCGCCCACGCUCGGUGCGGUGCUGUGGUCGCGUUUCCGACGGCGGGCGGCAGCGGCGGCGCUGGACCCACAUUGGGCGCUCGGCCUUUCACUGAGUCUACAAGAUGUCAGACAGUGAUGGGAGCAACUUUACUGAUGAUGAGAGUUCCCGAAGCAGUGAGGGGGAAGAACAAGAGGAAAAUGAGGAGGAGGAAGAGAAUGUCAGCAGGGGUGGCAGCGAGAAAGCGGAGGGAGAAGGAGAGGUAGAAGAAGAGGCUGAAGAAGUUGAUGAGGAAGAGGAAGAAGAGGAGGAGGAGGAAGAGGAGGAAGAAGAGUAUGACGAGGAAGAAGAUGAUGAUCGACCCAAGAAGAAGCCGCGACAUGGUGGAUUCAUCUUGGAUGAAGCUGAUGUGGAUGAUGAAUAUGAAGAUGAGGAUCAGUGGGAAGAUGGUGCCGAAGAUAUCCUUGAGAAAGAAGAAAUUGAAGCCUCCAACAUUGAUAACCUAGCUCUUGAUGAAGACCAUUCAGGCGCAAGAAGAUUGCUGAAUCAUUGGAGAGACAAAAGAGAAGAGGAACUUGGUGAAUAUUAUAUGAAUAAAUAUGCCAAGCCAACUGCAGGUGACCAUUUCUACGGUGCCUCAGAUGAGCUCUCGGAUGACAUCACACAGCAACAGUUACUACCUGGUGUAAAAGAUCCCAAUUUGUGGACUGUGAAAUGUAAGAUUGGUGAAGAACGGGCAACUGCCAUAUCCCUGAUGAGGAAAUUUGUUGCCUAUCAGUACACAGAUUCACCGCUUCAGAUCAAGUCUAUUGUCUCCCCUGAACAUGUGAAGGGAUAUAUUUACGUUGAGGCGUACAAGCAGACUCACGUGAAGCAGGCCAUUGAAGGUGUGGGGAACCUCAGGAUAGGGUUCUGGAACCAGCAGAUGGUCCCCAUUAAGGAAAUGACAGAUGUGCUAAAGGUGGUGAAGGAGGUGACCAACUUGAAACCCAAGUCAUGGGUUCGCCUAAAGAGAGGUCUCUACAAGGAUGACAUUGCACAGGUGGACUAUGUUGAGCCAAGCCAGAAUACCAUCUCUCUGAAACUAAUUCCAAGAAUUGAUUAUGAGCGAAUCAAAGCACGGAUGAGUUUGAAAGACUGGUUUGCCAAAAGGAAAAGAUUUAAGAGGCCGCUUCAAAGACUGUUUGAUGCAGAAAAAAUCAGAUCACUGGGUGGUGAAGUUACCACUGACGGAGACUUCCUCAUAUUCGAGGGCAAUCGCUACAGCAGAAAAGGAUUCUUGUUCAAAAGCUUUGCCAUGUCUGCAGUUAUUACAGAAGGAGUUAAGCCCACGCUUUCUGAAUUGGAGAAAUACGAGGACCAGCCAGAGGGCAUUGAUCUGGAGGUAGUUACUGAAUCAACAGGCAAAGAAAGAGAACACAACUUGCAGCCUGGAGAUAACGUGGAAGUUUGCGAGGGUGAAUUGAUAAACCUGCAAGGGAAGAUUUUGAGUGUGGAGGGCAAUAAGAUCACAAUCCUGCCCAAGCACGAGGAUCUGAAGGAUCCUUUAGAGUUUCCAGCCCAUGAAUUGCGCAAAUACUUCAAAAUGGGAGACCACGUGAAGGUGAUAGCAGGGCGUUACGAGGGAGAUACCGGAUUGAUCGUGCGUGUUGAGGAGAACUUUGUCAUUCUUUUCUCAGACCUGACAAUGCAUGAGCUGAAAGUGCUCCCCAGAGAUUUGCAGCUGUGUUCGGAAACGGCCUCUGGAGUUGACGCAGGGGGUCAGCAUGAGUGGGGUGAGCUGGUGCAACUUGAUCCACAGACUAUGGGAGUCAUUGUCCGCUUGGAGAGAGAGACAUUCCAGGUCCUUAACAUGUACGGGAAGGUUAUUACUGUGCGGCACCAAGCGAUAACCCGGAAAAAGGAUAAUAGGUUUGCUGUAGCUCUGGACUCUGAACAAAACAACAUUCACGUGAAAGACGUCGUCAAAGUCAUUGAUGGACCGCAUUCAGGCCGUGAGGGUGAGAUUCGACAUUUGUAUCGCAGCUUUGCAUUCCUACACUGUAAGAAGUUGGUGGAGAAUGGCGGCAUGUUCGUUUGCAAAACUCGCCACUUGGUACUUGCUGGUGGUGCAAAGCCAAGGGAUGUUACAAAUUUCACAGUGGGUGGAUUUGCUCCAAUGAGCCCCCGGAUCAGCAGUCCGAUGCACCCCAGUGGUGGAGCCCCUCGAGGUGGCGGAUUUGGAGGACAAGGAAUGGGCCGUGGUCGAGGACGCAGAGACAAUGAUUUGAUUGGACAGACAGUUCGCAUUUCACAAGGGCCUUAUAAAGGUUACAUUGGGGUAGUAAAGGACGCAACAGAAUCUACAGCCCGUGUUGAGCUCCACUCCACCUGCCAGACCAUUUCUGUAGAUCGCCAGCGUCUCACCACAGUGGACUCGAAGAAGAAGGGUGGCUUGACAUCUGCCUAUGGCCGCACACCUUUGUAUGGAUCCCAAACACCACUAUAUGGUUCUGGAUCUCGGACACCCAUGUAUGGAUCCCAGACACCCUUGCAUGAUGGAAGUCGUACUCCUCAUUAUGGUUCCCAGACACCAGUUCAUGAUGGGAGCAGAACACCAGGACAGAGCGGUGCUUGGGAUCCCAAUAAUCCCAACACACCCUCCAGGAAUGAGGAAGACUACGAUUUCCCUUAUGACGAUGAGCCCACACCAUCUCCACAGGCGUACGGAGGAACACCCAACCCACAGACUCCAGGUUACACUGAUGUUCCAUCUCCACAGGUUAAUCCCCAGUACAAUCCUCAAACCCCUGGAACACCAGCAAUGUACAACACCGACCAGUUUUCUCCUUAUGCAGCUCCUUCCCCUCAAGGUUCCUACCAGCCAAGCCCCAGUCCACAGAGCUACCACCAGGUUGCCCCGAGUCCUGUGGGCUAUCAAAAUACUCACUCACCAGCCAGCUAUCACCCAACACCUUCACCCAUGGCAUACCAGGCAAGUCCAAGUCCGAGCCCGGUCGGAUAUAGUCCGAUGACACCUGGAGCCCCAUCUCCUGGUGCAUACAAUCCCCACACACCGGGUUCCAGCAUUGAUCAGGGGUCCAAUGACUGGGUAACGACGGACAUCAUGGUCAAAGUCCGGGACACGUACCUGGAUGCGCAGAUUGUGGGGCAAACGGGAGUCAUCCGCAGUGUAUCGGGUGGCCUGUGCUCGGUGUACCUAUCAGCCACUGACAAAGUGGUCAGUAUCUCGAGUGAGCAUCUUGAACCAGUCACCCCAGUGAAAAACGACAAGGUGAAGGUGAUUCUGGGUGAAGAUCGGGAGGCUACAGGCAUGUUACUGAGUAUUGAUGGCGAGGACGGCAUUGUCCGUAUGGAACUGGAUGACCAGCUGAAGAUCCUCAACCUGAGGUUCCUUGGGAUCCUCAAUGAAGAAGGCACAGCAUCGUCUGGAAAGGAUGUAUAUAGUCGGAAAUAAUAGAACUCUUCUGUGAAGUUUUGUUCAGAUUUUUACCUUUCCGUCUCUCCUUGUGUUUUUGCUUUGAUAAUGUCUUGCUUCUUGUGGGCAGAUGUUAGCAGUGGUUAUCCCAAGACUGAAAAUACCUAGCUAGAGUAAAUGGAUGAAUGCAUAUUAAUUUGACAUUAAGAAGUGCCCGUACAUUUUGUAGAACUAAAAUCCAUUUGAGACUUAAAUGGGUAAAUGGAAUUUUGUUUUAAUUAAGAAGACAGAGACUGUUGUAUGAAAGGGGCAUAAUGAGGCUGACAUUUGACAAUGAAGACAAAGACCUUUUGUAGCGAUUGAAUGGUACUCCUUUAGGAAGAGAGACUAAAAGCUAUUUUUGUAAUAAGCACUUGCAUAGGUGAGAGAAGACACAGGAAAGAAAAUGUUGCAAUUAUUUUUUAAACAAGCUAGCUCAGAAUAGUUGUGUAAAUUUCUAUUGAAAGCUUUAUAUGUUGCCAUUUGUUUUGGAAAAGAUUUGAAGAUGCUUUGAAGAAUACACUGGGUAUUCCAUCUUCAGGUUACAAGAGUAAAUCUCCUGAGGUUCAGAGCAGCUUUAGAAGGAGGAACAAAAUGGUGGGAACUCUCUGCAGGCCAGAUAGCAUCUGUGGAGAGAGAAAAUUUCCCUGAUAAUUUCAUUCAUUUUCCCAAAAGUCAUGAUGCAAAUUGUGCUCCAAGGUCACACAAGUGUUCCUGAUUUUGCGGUUGUGAUCUUCUGUGCAUCAGAGGCAGUGAGUGAUGUCUCAGCUGGUUGCAGGAAGGAGCCGUCAGAGGGGCUGUUAUUAUUGAACUGCUGUGCACAAUGUGCAGCCAUCAAUGGGUCUGGCUGUAGCUUUUAAUUGGCCUGGCGCAGAGGAAUGGUUGGCGUUUGCUCCUGUUGAACUGUGUCCAGAUGCAGUUUCAUGAGGCAAAUGCAAGUGUCAGAAUAAUUCAUUUGGUGGUUCAGUUCAUGAAAGAAAAGGCUUGAAUCUGCUUGAGGUUUCUCCAGUAACUAUGCUUUUAAGAUUUCAGGAUGACUGUUUAUGACGAUUCUGCAUCUUCAUUCCCCAUAAACAUAACGUCGGUUCACCGGUUAGCGUCUUGGGAACAAACCGUGUGAUGCAAAGCUUCAGAAGACUCCCUGAGUAGUCUAAUUUUAUUGCACACAUAUAUAUUACGUUAAGGUAUAAUCACAAAUGUUAACUUGUAAAACAUUUACCCCAAAAUGUCUAUCUUGGGCUAGUGUAUCAAUUAAAAUCAAUAAAAUUGGAAAAGCCGCAAGUGAUGCUCCCUAUUCCGAUCAACUAUUAGAUUUUCAGGUUAAUGUCAUUAAACUAUGGCCACUGCUAAGAUCUGCUUCUGUUGACUUGUUUGCUAAAUGUCACCAACUGUAAAAUGUUACUUCUGUGGUUUGGGAAUACCAUUUGUAUGGCCAAUAUUUGAGUUUCUAAACCCAUUUGUCCCAAAUAAGAGUCAAUAAAAAGACU